AUGGCAAAGCUGACCGUUCCCCAAGGUCUGUGCACUGCGGUCUGUCUUCCAGGAACCAGACGGGCGCUGAGAAAAGGCUCUCACACCUGCUGCUAUGACUGCAUUUCCUGCUCAGAGGGAGAGAUAUCCAAUGUGUCUGACAGUAAAAACUGCCAGAAAUGUCCUGAUGAUGAAUGGCCUAACGAGGAUAAAGAUGCUUGUGUUCCAAAGAUAGUAGAAUUUCUAUCAUACAAUAAUGACACAGUAGCUACAGUUUUUUCUGCAAUCUCUGGGUUAUUUUCUUGUUUAACUUUAUUUAUAUUUGGAAUAUUUGUUUCAUUCCGAGACACUCCCAUAGUAAAAGCCAAUAACCGAAACCUUAGCUACAUUCUUCUGAUUUCUCUCAAAAUGAGCCUACUCUGUGUGAAUAUGUUCAUUGGCCGUCCAGUGGACAUCACCUGCAUGCUACGUCAAAUAUCCUUUGGAAUUUUUUUUGCUGUUGCCAUGUCUUCUAUCCUGGCCAAGACUAUCAUGGUUUGCAUUGCUUUCAAAGCCACCAGACCUGGAAGUUCCUGGAGAAAAUGGCUGGGUGUUAAAUUGCCGAAUUCUGUAGUAUUGAUCUGCUCAUCUGUUCAAGUUCUCAACAAUGCUAUUUGGUUGUUAGUUUCUCCACCUUUUCAAGAACAUGACACAAAUGCUAAUCCUGGGAUAAUGGUAAUCCAAUGUAAUGAGGGUUCUGACCUUGGCUUUUAUUUCAUGUUGGGUUACAUGGGUUUUCUGGCAGCUCUGAGCUUUGGUCUGGCUUUCAUGGUGAGGACAUUACCUGACGUUUUCAAUGAAGCCAAAUACAUCACCUUCAGCAUGUUGGUGUUCUGCAGUGUAUGGAUCUGUGCUAUCCCAGCCUAUCUGAGCAGUAAGGGGAAAAACGUGGUCACUGUGGAGAUUUUUGCCAUAUUGGCAUCAGGUAUUGGAAUACUGAGCUGUAUAUUUUUUCCUAAAUGCUACAAUAUUCUACUGAGACCUGAAAUGAGAAAUAAGAGACACUUGUUAGAGAAACAUUAUUCAUAACGUUGUAAUUAUUCUUUUUCAAUUAAAAUAAUUGUUUUAUAGGUUAAAAUGUAAAAGUUUUUUUUGACAUACAAUAAAAAGUGAAACAUAUUUUAUAUAUUUUUUUCUAUAUAAAUGUUAU